AUGGCGCCUCUCAGCUGCCGCGGCCUGCUUGUCGGCAUUUUCGCGGUGAUGCCGUCGCUGGCCGCCGCGUAUGCCAACGCCAGCUCCAGCUACAACGUCGAUGCUCUGCGGGCGCAGUUCGCGCUUAUGGACGACCGCCCCAAGGACUGUCCGCCAUGCUUCAACUGCCUCCUGCCCGCCCACACCUGCGCCCAGUACGCUGGCUGCAACGAGUACAACGGAAAAUGCGACUGUCCUGAUGGGUUCGGCGGUGACGAUUGUCUCGAGCCAUUGUGCGGCUCUCUUGGCCGAGGCAAGGAUCGGCCGAUGCGCUCAGGCUCAAGCUGUGAAUGCGACGAGGGCUGGACCGGUAUCAACUGCAAUGUCUGCACAACGAACCAAGCCUGCAAUGCUCUGAUGGAAACCGGAAGCGGCGGUGUCUGCAAAGUCACCAACAAGAAAAUCACCGAUCUGCUUGGAAGGCAGAAGCCGCAAGUCACAUUUACCUGCAAGGAGGAGGAUGCGACCUGCGAUUUUCAAUUCUGGGUCGACGAGAUUGAGUCCUUUUACUGCCACUUGUCGGAUUGCACGUCUGGUGCCCAGUACUCCAGCGAAAAGAACACCACUGCGUACAAAUGCGACAAAAUCAGCUGCAGCUGCAUCCCCGGCCGCAUGAUGUGUGGCAAAGAUGGCUCGCUCGACCUUACGGACUUCUUGGACCAAGCCAUCAAAGGCCCCGGCCGAUUUGAAUGCUCUCAAAAGGGCGGCGGUGCCCAUGACUGUGCUUUCAAGGAGCCUGAGAUGGACAACCUCAUUGUCAGCUUGAUCGGAGACUCCAGCAUUCUCUUGGACUGCCAAGCAGGGGAAUGUUUGUACGAGACUGAAGUGCCAGGCUACCACCGCCCCGUCAAGCAAAUCAACACUCCCCUCAUUGCCGGUGUAAUUGGCGGCUGUGCACUAUUCCUCGCUGCCGUCAUCGUUGGGACGUGGUAUCUAUCCCGCCGCAGAUUGCAUUAUGGAGCAAUUCGCCUCGAGGAUUCCGACGACGAGAGCACCAAGCUCAUGGUCGAUCACAAGCCGGCUGCCCUCUACUUUCAAAACGUUGCGUAUACCCUCAAUGGCAAGCAGAUUCUGUCUGGCAUCCAAGGUAUCUGCCAACCGGGAGAAGUCACUGCUAUCAUGGGCUCCUCGGGCGCUGGAAAGACGACGUUCUUGGAUAUCCUUGCCCGAAAGAACAAGCGCGGCCAUGUCAGCGGAGAUUUCUAUGUCAAUGGCGAAAAGGUCAAUGACACCGAGUAUAAGAACGUGGUUGGAUUUGUCGACCAAGAAGACACCAUGCUGCCUACGCUUACUGUUCACGAGACGAUUCUCAACAGCGCCCUCCUGAGACUUCCCCGCGACAUGGGCCGCGCCGCCAAGGAACAGAGAGUCACCGAGGUCGAGAAAGAGCUGGGCAUCUACCACAUUCGAGACUCCCUCAUCGGCUCCGAAGAAGGAAACGGCCGUGGAAUUUCCGGCGGAGAGAAGCGACGAGUUGGAAUUGCCUGUGAGCUCGUCACCAGUCCCUCUAUCCUCUUCCUCGACGAACCGACCAGUGGACUGGACGCCUAUAAUGCCUACAAUGUGGUCGAAUGCCUCGUCACCAUGGCCAAGAACUACAAGCGAACCGUCAUCUUCACCAUCCACCAACCUCGUUCCAACAUUGUGGCUCUCUUCGACAGGCUCAUCUUGUUGGCCCAGGGUAAACUGGUGUACUCCGGACUCUUUUCCCAGUGCCAGCCAUAUUUCGAUGACAUUGGCUACGAGUGUCCCCCGGGCUUCAACAUUGCCGACUACCUCGUGGACCUCACUAUGCAUGCGAGCAGCACCCAGAGUUUGGACGACGGAGGCCUUGUUCCCGACGCUGGAAGUAUUGGUCCGAGCAGCACGCGAGCUGUAAAGUCUGUUGCGAGCGCCUCUCUUGCCAGCGCGGGUGAAGCGAGCGCCGAGCCAUCCUUGCGACCCAAGAACCGCCGACGCGACUCGGUCAGACUUCGACAAGAACGGGAGCUCUUCACGCGCAGGAAGCAGACCGACACUGCUGCCUCUUCAGAUGCUGGUGGUGACAAUGAAGGCGGUUAUCGGCUGCAGAACAACCCCACCAGCUCUCUGCCUAGCCAACAGCCCGAUGACCCUCAUGAUCUGCCCCCUCCGGCCAUGACUGGAACAGACCUUGACAUUAUUACACGCUCCUUCAGCAAGUCGUAUAUCGCCGCCUCCAUCCGAGAAGACAUUCAACAGGCCAUCAGGGAAGCUGAUGCUGCAAAUGGAGCCAACUCGAACGGAUAUGCUCCCAACGGACCAAACAUUUAUACCAGCGCUGUUGGAAAGGGAUACGUCCGAGUUGGAUAUCUGCGCCAGUUCAUCAUCAUCUCUGGACGGACCUGGAAGAACCUGUACCGAAACCCAAUGCUUAUGCUCACUCACUACGCCAUUGCCAUUAUCCUGGCAGUGUUCUCUGGAUACCUGUUCUAUGGCCUUACCGAUGAUAUCCCUGGAUUCCAGAACCGACUCGGAUUGUUCUUCUUCCUUCUGGCUCUCUUUGGCUUCAGCACUCUUACGAGUCUCAACGUGUUUGCCAGCGAGCGCCUUCUCUUCACUCGUGAAAGAGCCAACGGCUACUAUUCUCCCGCCACCUACUUCGCUGCCAAGGUGUUGUUCGACAUUAUUCCCUUGAGAAUCAUCCCGCCGAUCCUCAUGGGGUCCAUCAUCUAUCCGAUGACAGGCUUGGUGCCGGAUGCAGCACACUUCUUCAAGUUCAUGCUCGUCCUGGUCCUGUUCAACUUGGCGGCGGCAGCCAUCUGCUUGUUCAUCGGCAUCGUUUGCAAAGACCCCGGAGUGGCCAACUUGAUCGGCAGCUUGGUCAUGCUGUUCAGUCUCCUCUUCGCCGGUUUCCUCCUCAACCACGACGCCACGCCAAAGGGUGCUCUGUGGCUUCAAACACUGUCCAUCUUCCACUACGGCUUCGAGUCACUCAUUGUCAACGAAGUUUUAGAACUCACUCUGGUAGACAAGAAGUACGGACUCGAUAUCACCGUCCCCGGAGCGGCUAUUCUCAGCUCCUUUGGAUUUCAGAAUGCCGCCCUCUGGUCAGACAUUAGGAACCUGGGCAUCUUCGCGGCCGCCUUCAUCGUCCUCGCCUAUGCCGCGAUGCACAUCUUGCUUGUCGAGAAGCGAUAG